CUCACUCCCAUUCCCAACCCCUCCACCCCCUGAUUGGACCCUCUAAAUUGUCGCCUGCCUUUGGUCAUUAUUCUCCCUAUACCAGUCGCUUUCAGGCUGCGGUCUUAUUGUUUUCAAGUCUGCGACACCAAACCUAACCUACAGCUAGAGGGCUGCCGGCCAGCCAAGAUGAACUCCUCCAUACUCAAUAUUCAACGCGAAAUCAUUCUCAAUACAAUCCGGUAUACGGCAGGGAAUGAGUGGAAAGUCCUGGUUGUGGAUGAGACCAGUCGGAAAUUAAUCGAUAAUGCUGUGAGCGAGGAUGAUAUUCUCAACCUCAAUGUUACCAAUGUCGAGCAGAUCGAGGAAAAGCGGAAGUCCAACCCUAUGGAUGCGCUGUAUAUCCUAUCGCCCCAGUCACAUAUUGUCGAUUGCCUAAUGGCCGACUUUGAGCGAAAGCGAUACAAGAAGGCCUGGUUGGUUUGGACGUCAUACCUCGACCCCCAACAGCGCACUAGGCUCGAACGAUCACAAAUGGCCCAAGAACAAAUUGCUAGCUUCCGAGUUAUGAGCGCCGACUACUUUCCGAGGGAAUCGCGUCUUGUCACGUUCCGAGAUCCGUGGAGUUUCCCCGUGUUGUUUCACCCCGGCUGCAACCACUUGAUUCGCGGGCACUUGGAGGGACUGGCACAGAAAAUUGUAUCUCUUUGUGUGAGCUUAGGAGAGUACCCCGUGAUCCGAUACUAUAAGCCUAGAACGCCAACGCACGAAGCUAGUGUUAUGUGCUCGCACCUUGCCCGAUUUAUUCAAAAUGAGCUAGAUCAGUUUGCCCAGUUUCAAAAGGACUUCCCGCCCCCUUCCCAGAGACCGCGAGGCGUUCUUAUGGUGGUGGAUCGCUCUAUGGACGUUGUUGCGCCACUUAUCCACGAAUUUACGUACCAAUCUAUGGUGCAUGACUUGCUACCGAUAAAAGAUGGGGACAAAGUCACUUACAAAACAAUUAUAAACGAAGGUAGUCAUAAUGAAGAACUUAAGGAGAUGGAAAUCUCCGAAAGUGAUACCGUCUGGGUUGACUACAGACAUCUUCACAUGAAAGAUGUCCUUGGAAAAUUGGGUGAAGACUUUGCCAAAUUCAGAGCAGCCAAUCCUCAGUUUGCUGAAGAAAAUGACAAAGCCAACGUGAACACAAUCAAAGACAUGUUAGCUGGUCUCACAGAAUUCCAACAGGGUAGGGACGCAUAUACGCUCCAUCUUAACAUGGCACAAGAAUGCAUGAAACACUUUCAGGAGCACAAGCUAUUGGAAGUAAGUUCGGUUGAACAGUGCCUGUCCACUGGGCUGGACGAGAACUACAAGAAGGCAAAGAACUUGGCUUCACAGCUUGUUCAGCUACUUGAUGAUGAUGCAGUGGACCAUCAGGAUAGACUCCGGCUUCUACUCCUCUACAUCAUGUAUAGAGGGGGAAUUCUUGGUGGGGAUAUUAGGAAGCUUAUGGCGCACGCUCAACUCCCACCGCAGGAUGGAAACGUUAUUUCCAACCUCGAUUUACUUGGUUCUAGAGUAGAGAAACAGUUGAAGGACGAGAAACCACCUGUCCAGCCGCUGUUCCAGAGAAAACCUCCAUCGCCCGCAGAAUCCGACGAAACUAGUUUGUCGAGAUACGAAUUGAAUUUGAAGUUGAUGCUCGAGGAGUUGGUCCGAGGAACUUUGGACCCGACGGCUUUUCCUCCCACUCGGCCAAACACCGAGGUAGAGGGCAUGGGAGGGCCUCAGGACACCCUCUCGCAAGCCUCCCUGCGAAGCGCCAAACCGACUUGGGCUCGGACCCGUUCAGCCACAGAGCAGCCCCGACAACGCAUCAUCGUGUUCAUGGCUGGCGGCGCAACGUAUGGCGAAGCUCGUUCUUGCUAUGAGGUCUCCCAAGCGUUCAACAAGGAUGUUUUCCUUGCGACGUCGCAUAUGCUGAGUCCUGGUUUGUUCUUGAAACAGCUAGGGGACCUCAGUGCCGACAGAAGGCGCCUAGACAUCCCAGCUGAACGGCCAAAGCCAACGGCACCGGCCCAUUUGUUUGAAAAAGAUCCUCCACCGCAGCCUCAGCCAGUGCCCAAGAAGGCUCCCGCUCCGAAGCUCAACCCUCCGGCGCCUCCUUCGGCGGCUAUGGGCGCCAUGUCCCUAGGAUCCAAUUCUCAAAAUGGUGCAGCACCUGCACCAAGCAACGCCAAGCCACAUAAGGAGAAGAAGGAAAAGAAGCACCAUCACUUCUUUAGGCGGUCAUAGUGCCUCCACCUUCUCUCAGAAUUACUUCAAGAAUAAUAACACUCUUAUUGACUACCGGCAGCUAUAGCCGUUUGAAGUCUAUACCAAUGUCUUUCUACUACAGCGUCAGUGAUACCAAUCUAUCGGGUUUUAUUUUGAGCACCGAAGGCGCCACGGCGCUAAAUGGAUAUGUUCUUG